AUGGAGCUGUUGUAUCUCUCCGUUCUGCUUCUGAUUAUUGUCAUCUUCUUUAUCCUUUUUUACAGGCACAUGUCUCCGUCCAUGAACCCCAACUUGCCACCGGGAAGGAUGGGGUAUCCGGUGAUCGGCGAGAGCCUUGAAUUCCUGUCCACAGGGAAGAAAGGUCAUCCAGAGAAGUUCAUAUAUGAACGCAUCAAGAAGUACUCUUCCCAAGUUUUCAAGACCUCAAUCAUUGGGGAACCCACAGUUAUGAUAUGUGGAUCCGCAAGCAACAAGUUCUUGUUUUCUAACGAGAACAAGCUCGUUAUGUCAUGGUGGCCAAACAACGUCAACAAGGUAUUCCCAACGUCGCUUGAAACAAGCUCUAAGGAAGAAGCUUUGAAGAUGAGAAAGAUAUUGCCUCAGCUUCUGAACCCACAAGCUCUCCAACGUUAUAUUGGCACUAUGGAUACCAUUGCUCAAAGGCACUUUGCUUCCGAUUGGGAAAACAAGACGCAAGUCGCCGUCUACCCCUUGGCCAAGAGGUAUACAUUCUGGUUGGCUUGCUGUUUGUUCAUAAGCGUUGAGGAUCCAAACCACGUAGCAAAAUUUGCGGAACCUUUCAAUCUAUUGGCUUCAGGAAUCAUUUCAAUGCCAAUUGACUUGCCAGGAACACCGUUCAACAGAGCAAUAAAGGCCUCGAAGUUCAUUAGGAAGGAACUGUUGAAGAUCAUAAAGCAGAGAAAGUUGGAUUUGGCUGAAGGGAAGGCCUCAACAACACAAGACAUAUUGUCUCGCAUGUUAAUGUCAUGCGAUGAGAAUGGACAAUAUAUCGGUGAACAUAAUAUUGCAGACAAGAUUCUUGGCUUGUUGAUUGCUGGCCAUGACACUGCAAGUUCUGCAUGCACUUCCAUUGUCAAAUACCUUGCCGAUCCAAAUAUUUAUCAGCGAGUCUAUCAGGAGCAAAUGGAAAUUGCAAAAUCAAAAUCUCCAGGAGAGUUGUUGAAUUGGCGUGACAUGGAGAAGAUGAAAUACUCGUGGAAUGUAGCUUGUGAAGCAAUGAGAUUAGCCCCUCCAGUCCGUGGAGCUUUCCGAGAAGCCAUCAAUGACUUUAUCUUCAAUGGAUUCUCAAUUCCAAAAGGCUGGAAGUUGUAUUGGAGUGCAAGUUCAACACAUAUGGAUCCAAAGUGUUUUCCGGAGCCAGAGAAAUUCGACGCGAGUAGAUUUGAAGGAAAAGGACCAGCUCCUUAUACUUAUGUGCCAUUCGGUGGAGGACCAAGGAUGUGCCCUGGAGUAGAGUAUGCACGAUUGGAAAUAUUAGUUUUCAUGCACAACUUAGUGAAGAGGUUCAAGUGGGAUAAGAUUAUUCCUAAUGAGAAGAUUGUUGUUGAUCCAAUGGCUUUUCCUGCCAAAGGCCUCCCUAUUCGUCUUUAUCCUCACCAAUCGUGAAAACGAUUAUAUUUGAACGUUUGGACCAAAAUCAACAUUUAAAAGUAGCAUAAAAUUUAAGCCCAAAUGUUGUCUCUCCUUUUUGUAUUUUUGGUUUUUUUCCCCUUUUUAAUGUUAUCCUGAUAUCUUUUUGUUGCUUUUCAUUUUUUUUGUUUUAAUUUGUAACAACCUAGCUUUGUCGUGCUUAUAUGGUAUUUAAAAAUAAGAUCACCUCUCAGGAAUACUCCUGUAUAUUAUCCGGAGCAUGUGUAGGGUGAAAU